GUUGUUGCCGAGAAACGUCACAACAUUGUUACUAAUAUUAGUAUUAUUGAUGCUGUAGCUAAUAUUAUGGGUCUGGUAGAUUUAAAUUCUGUGCCUACUCAUGCACGCUUGUCUGAAAUUGGAAUGGACUCAAUGAUGGCGGCAGAAAUUAAGCUAAUUUUAGAACAGGAAUAUAAGAUCUUUCUGACUGCUGCUGAUAUUAACAACCUGAAUUUUGUCAAACUCGCCGAAAUGUCUAAUCAGGAAGCACAGAAUACGAAGUUGAGUUCCUGCGAUGCUUCGGAUUUAAACGAAUUGGCUGGACUAAAGUUAUUCGCCCGUGUAAUUGGCAUUGAUAACUUAAUACCCGAUGUGUGUAUGAAUAUUCCAACCAAAGGCAUUACAACGAAAAACGAGAUAUUCUUCUUACCGGGAAUCGAAGGUUGCGGAAAUAUUUUCAACUUGUUGGCAACAAAAAUAGACCACCAGAUCACGUGCUUACAAUAUGGAACUUAUAGUAUCGACAAUAAAUGUUACACAAUACCCGAAAUCGCACAUUAUCUUUUAAAAUAUAUUUUGGGCAAAAUCAAGUCGGACGUGAAUUUUCUAAUAGUCGCAUAUUCAUACGGAUCACUAAUAGCGAUUGAAUUAUUAAGUAAGUUGGAAGAUAUGAACUUCCGUGGCCGAUUAGUGCUCAUCGAUGGCGCACCUGAGCAGAUGAAAGCAUUGAUCAAUCAUCAUGUACCUUUCACUACGAUUGAGGAACUUCAUAUUAAUAUUCUCUUGAAUAUUAUGGAUAUAUUAGAUCCUGCUGUCAGUGGAAAGCUUCCAUUAGAAUUAAAGAAAUGUACCAACUGGGAUGAUAAAUUGAAUACGUUUAUAAGCCAUCUUCCUUCAACAUAUACACAAUUGUCACUCAAUUGUACAAGAGCUUUGUGUGUAACAAUGUGCAACCACAUUCGAGCUCUUCAGGAAUAUGAUGUGACAGAAAUACCGAAAAUUAUAUCACCUAUAACACUUUUAAGGCCAACCGUGCAAACGUUGCGUUUACCUGAUGAAGAUUAUGGUCUACAUAAG